AAGUGUAGUGUCCGCGAGAGCCCGUUGGAAGCGAAAAGAGAGAGAAACCGGAGAAAGGAGAGAAUGGAGCGGCUGGUUUCACCACAACAGGAGGAAUAACAUUAAAUACGACUAAUAAUAACAACAACAAUAAGAAGAAGAAGAAGAAAACAACAGUCACGAGAGAGAAGGCAGAAGACGAACGAGGAGGAAAGAAAGUCGCCGGAAAACUUUAGCGGGUGGAAAACUGUUAACAGACUCUUUUCAACCUUUUAAAAACAUGGAUACGUUUUACUCUGUAUUCCUGGGACUCCUGUUACUGCUGCAGACAUUUGUAUCCGCUCAAAUACCCACAGCUCACAUGGGGCGCGCUGAAAAGGGAAGUUGUACGUUUGAUGAAGGCUUCUCUCAGUGUGAUUAUCAACAAGAUCCUUAUGAUGAGUUUGACUGGACGCACAUCAACACCCAGGAAGUGCCAUAUGUAUCCCCGGACCUGCCACAAGGUUCCUACAUGUAUGUGGACGUCUCCCAGUACGAUAUUGGGGAGAAGGCCAGGUUUCAGCUCCCGGUCAUGAAGGAGAAUGAUACUCACUGCAUUGACUUCAACUAUCUCCUUACGAGUCCCGAUGGAUCCAGCCCUGGCACACUUAACGUCCUUGUGAAGGUAAAUAAGGGUCCCCUGGCCAAUCCUAUAUGGAACGUGACAACCUACACUGGUAAAGACUGGCUGAAGGCCGAACUCGCUGUCUCCACCUUUUGGCCUAAUGAAUAUCAGGUCAUAUUUGAAGCAGAGGUUUCGGACAGCAAAGCCGGCUUCAUCGCCAUAGACGACAUUCAGGUGCUCAGCUACCCAUGCGAUAAAUCCCCUCAUUUCCUGCGUCUUGGGGAUGUUGAGGUGAAUGCUGGGCAGAACGCCACAUUUCAGUGUAUUGCCACAGGACGGGAUACAUCGAGCAAUAAACUCUGGCUGCAGAGGAGAAAUGGAGAAGAUAUUCCUGUGGCACUGACCAAAAACAUCAACCACAGACGGUUUGCUGCCUCCUUCCACCUCAAAGAAGUCACCAAUCAGGAUCAAGAUCUGUACCGCUGCGUCACCCAAUCAGAGCGUGGCUCCGGGGUGUCCAAUUUUGCUGGUCUUAUUGUCAGAGAGCCUCCACACCCCAUCGCCCCUCCUCAGCUGCUGGGCGUCGGCCCCACGUACCUGCUCAUUCAGCUCAAUGCUAACUCCAUAUUUGGAGAUGGACCUAUUAUACUGAAAGAGGUUGAGUACCGUAUGACAUCAGGCAGCUGGACAGAGACUCAUGCAGUGAACUCUCCCAACUAUAAGUUAUGGCAUCUUGACCCUGACACCGAGUAUGAAAUCAGGGUCUUAUUAACCAGACCAGGAGAAGGAGGAACUGGCAAACCCGGACCGCCACUUAUUACACGGACAAAAUGUGCAGAACCAAUGCGGACUCCUAAAAGACUGAAGAUCGCUGAAACCAGAUCUCGCCUCAUAGCAGUGGACUGGGAAUCACUGGGAUACAACAUCACUCGCUGUCACACAUUCAACGUCACCAUCUGUUACCAUUAUAUGACUGCCAACAACCGCAGCAAGGCUGACUGCUUGGACAUGGACCCGAAAGCUCCGCGGCACUUGGUUGGAAACCUGCCACCUUACACCAACGUCAGCCUGAAGAUGAUUCUGACCAAUCCUGAGGGACGCAAAGAAAGUGACGAGACCAUCAUACAAACUGACGAGGAUGUCCCAGGACCUGUUCCAAGUCAGUCGCUAAAAGCUACCCCAUUUGAAGACAGGAUUCUCCUACUCUGGAAGGAACCAGCUGAACCUAAUGGCAUCAUCAUACAAUAUGAGAUCAGCUACAGUGGAGUGCGUUCAUUUGACCCUUCGGUGCCUCUGCAGCGGCCUGGCCUCACAGUGUCUCUACCCUCCAACGCCACCCAUCAUCUGUUUUCCCAGCUCCACCCAGGUGUCACAUACCAGCUGUCUAUAAGGGCGUCCACCUCCAAAGGGUUCGGUCCGGCAACCACACUCAAUGUGACUACAAAUAUUUCAGCUCCUACACUGGAAGAAUACGAUGGAUCAGAGGCUUUCCUGAAUGAAACUGCAACAACCAUCACUGUCCUUCUCAAACCGGCCCAGGCUAAGGGAGCACCAAUAAGUGCAUACCAGAUUGUGGUAGAGGAAGUCAAUCCACAGCGGUCACGUCGCCAAGCCUCCUCUGACUGUUAUGAGGUUCCUGUUUCCUACCACAGUGCAUCUAGCGGCGGAUCUCCCUAUUAUUAUGCGGCCCAACUUUCCCCAAGCAACCUACCUGAGCCCCUCCCCUUCACUGUGGGAGACAACAAGACAUAUCAGGGUUUCUGGAAUCCUCCACUGGCUCCAAGAAAGAACUACAACAUUUACCUUCAAGCUGUGAGCAGCACUGAAAGGGAGACUAAAACGCAGUGUCUGAGGCUGGCUACUAAAGGUGCUACAGAGGAGCCAGAAGUUAUCCCUGACCCUGAAAAACGGGCCGAUCGCGUGGUCAAAAUCGCCGGGAUCAGCGCCGGCGUUCUCGUCUUUAUACUCCUGGUGCUGGUAGCCAUCCUAUUGGUCAAGAAAAGGAGGACCUACUAUUCAUACUCUUAUUACCUGAAACUGGCGAAAAAACGUAAAGACGCCAUCGGGACGACACGGCAGGAAAUGACACACAUGGUGAACGCCAUGGAUCGGAGCUAUGCUGACCAAAGCACUCUGCAUGGAGAAGACCCUAUGGCUGUAACCUUUAUGGACUCUCACAACUACAACAACAGAUUGCCCAACGACCCUCUGGUUCCUACUGCCGUGUUAGUCCCAAUCACAGAUGAGAACCACAGUGGCUCUGCAGCAGAGAACAGCAGGCUUCUGGACGUUCCUCGGUAUCACUGUGAAGGAACUGAGUCUCCAUAUCAGACGGGGCAGCUCCACCCCGCCAUCAGAGUGGCCGACCUCCUGCAGCACAUCAACCUGAUGAAAACCUCUGACAGCUACGGCUUUAAGGAGGAGUACGAAUUGGUGAUACAGAGUUUCUUCGAGGGCCAGUCCGCUUCCUGGGAUGUGGCCAAGAAGGAGCAGAAUCGGACCAAGAACCGUUAUGGCAACAUUAUAGCAUAUGACCACUCAAGGGUUAUUCUCCAGCCCAUAGAAGACGACCCUUCCUCCGACUACAUCAACGCCAACUACAUCGAUGUAAGUGGAAACGCAUCGAAUGCUACUAUUGGCUCCCAACGAAACCAACGAAACCACACUCCCUCGCUCAUUUGGCUGUACAGGGAUGGCUACCAGAGGCCAAGUCACUACAUCGCUACUCAAGGUCCUGUUCAUGAGACAGUGUAUGACUUCUGGAGGAUGGUGUGGCAGGAGCAGUCGGCGUGCAUCGUCAUGGUAACCAAUCUAGUGGAGGUUGGAAGGGUCAAGUGCUAUAAGUACUGGCCAGAUGAUGCAGAGGUGUACGGAGACUUCAAAGUGACUUUUGUGGAGGUUGAACCUCUUGCUGAAUAUGUGGUUCGCACAUUUACACUGGAGAGGCGUGGUUUCAACGAGGUGCGGGAAGUAAAGCAGUUCCACUUCACAGGCUGGCCUGAUCACGGAGUUCCAUAUCACGCCACAGGACUACUUUCUUUUAUCCGCAGAGUGAAGAUCUCUAAUCCCCCCUCUGCAGGGCCAAUCGUCGUUCACUGCAGCGCUGGAGCAGGACGUACCGGCUGCUUCAUCGUAAUCGACAUCAUGUUGGACAUGGCAGAGAGAGAAGGCGUGGUCGACAUCUACAACUGUGUGAAGGCUCUGCGCUCCCGGAGGAUCAACAUGGUACAGACUGAGGAGCAGUAUAUAUUCAUCCAUGAUGCCAUACUAGAGGCUUGUCUAUGUGGAGAAACAGCCAUACCAGUGUGUGAGUUCAAAGCAGCUUUUUAUGAGCUGAUCCGCAUCGACUCCCAAACCAACUCGUCUCAUCUGAAGGACGAGUUCCAGACGUUAAAUUCAGUGACUCCGCAGCCUCAGCCUGAAGACUGCAGCAUCGCAUUGUUGCCUAGAAACCAAGACAAGAACCGCUUUAUGGAUGGCCUUCCUCCUGAUAGAUGCCUGCCCUUCCUCAUUACAAUAGACGGAGAGAGCAGCAACUACAUCAAUGCCGCUCUGAUGGAUCUGUCAGAAGAGUUCCAGAGCUACAGACAACCUGCCGCAUUCAUCGUUACCCAGCAUCCUUUGCCUAACACUGUCAAAGACUUCUGGCGUCUGGUUUAUGACUAUGGAUGUACCAGUUUGGUGAUGCUCAAUGAGAUUGACCUGGCUCAGGGUUGUCCACAGUACUGGCCAGAGGAGGGGAUGCUGCGUUACGGUCCAGUCCAGGUGGAAUGCAUGUCCUGCUCGAUGGACUGUGACGUAAUCAGUCGACUCUUCAGAGUUUGCAACCUCACCAGGCCUCAGGAAGGCUACUUGAUGGUUCGUCAGUUCCAGUACCUGGGGUGGGCGGGGCAUCGGGAAGUCCCCGCCUCCAAACGGUCCUUCCUCAAACUCAUCCUGCAGGUCGACCAGUGGCAGCGUGAGGGAGAGGAAGGAGAGGGAAGAACCAUCGUGCACUGCCUAAAUGGAGGCGGACGUAGUGGAGUGUUCUGUGCCUGCAGCAUUGUGUGUGAAAUGGCCAAGAGGCAGAGCGUGGUGGACGUUUUCCACGCCGUGAAGACCUUGAGGAACAGCAAACCGAACAUGGUGGAUACCCCGGAACAGUAUCGGUUCUGCUACGACCUGGCACUGGAGUUCAUCGAAUCCUCCUAAACUGAGAAAGAAAAGAGGAGGAGGAGGAGGAGAAGGCGGAGAGCAGGAGAACAUCUUUUCACCUCCCGUGUGUUUAAUCCUUUGCUUUCGCUCGGCCCCGCCCCCCUUCGGCGGCCAUUCUGUAGCAUCCACGUUGCGUCCCUACAAAUGGCACAGAGAUAAUCCAAACAAAGGGAAGGACUCUGAACAGGAAGUGAGCCGGAGAGAGAAGUGCAGCGGAGGAAGAAAAGGAAAAAGGAGGAGGUGGUGUUACUCCUUAUACACUUUACGCUUAUUGUACAGCUUUUUGAGUGCCAGCGGGCCCCUGUAUGGUUCGGGCCCCUUUUCAUCGCAGCUCCUCACAUGGACUCACGCUGUUUCUGCUGCAGUGCUCAGUGUGAACUCUAGGUGUCUCCCCUCCGCUUGUAAGCCCCAGGUUUCCAUUAACUGCAGCUUCAAGUUUCCAGCCCCACAUUCCUGUGUUGCGCUAAUUUCUGAACAAACAAACAGUGUUGGGCAUAUCUCCACGUCUGUCACAUCCGCAGCCAGUACUUUUAUACAAGAAUAAGAAACUUUAAGUAGAGCCUGGUCAAACUCUGUGAACGCUUCUGUUUUUAACUCCAUACAUCAUUCCUAUUUUAUGUUAUUUCACAGUCCAUUAUUAUACUAUUAAAACAGCCACUCUGAUCCACUUUAAUUUGUUUAGUUUUUGCCAUGAACAGGAGAUUAUCUGCUUUAUGAUUGUCUCAAAUAAUGCUCAAACAAUAUUUAAGGAUAAAGAUAUAUGUGUUUUGACUGCAUAUAAAACAUCAGUUAUGCAGUUAGGAAUCAUGCAGUUAUAAUAUAAAGAGACACGUAAACUUAAUGUGUUGCUUUUUAAUCAGUUAAACAUAAAAAAAUAAAUAAAUGACAUAAAACACACUCAACAAAUCAAAUGAACACAUGAUAUAAGUGGACAUAAGUCUAUAUAAGUAAUAAGAAUUGGGUGUAUAAUUGAAAAAUCUAAAAACGUGGUUGUGUACAUAAAGUUUAUGUACUUAGUUAAGUUGAAUAAUUCUAUUUGUUACUCAUUUAUGUUUGACUGAUCAUUAUGCAUCACAUUAAAUUACAACAAAAAAGUUGGUUUAUGCUAAAACUGUGAAAUCCAGAAGGUUAAUUAAAAUAUAUAAAUCUUAGUGAUAAUGGAGACUUUUUGCGAGUGCACGACUGACAAUGAAACAAAAAGUGAACGUUUACAUGGGGAGUAUUAGUAUUUUUUUUUUAAUUUUUAUUUUUUUUACCUGAUCGCAUGAAGUGGCAACUUGAAAGAUGUGUAGGAUUUUCACUAAAAUGUAUCUGUUUAAUCAAAGUGUGACAUGUACCUUUAUUGUUUCUGUUUUCUGCAGUAAAAAAGCUGCAGAAACGACUCUGUUUCUGUUUUGCUGUUGUAGCAUUUAUCAUGUAUCAAUCUACUGGAUAGAGCUUUUUUUUUUUUCUUUUUUUUUUUAAGUAAAUAUGAACCCAAACUAGACAUUUUCAACAUUUGCAUAAACCUUGUUUGUUUCAGGGCUGGGCCCAAUGCACUUUCAAUUCAGCCAAUUCACAAAUGGGCUAUUUUAUAAAGAGUCAAACACAGACACAUUUUGGAAGAAUUCGCUUCAUUUGGAAACAACUGAAAAAUUCCUGUGCAUAAAUUACACUUUCCAUUUAUGUGCUGAAUGGAAUUGGAAGUGAACUGACCCCAGGCCUGGUUCGUUUUUGUGCACUGGUGGCCAACACUUUUCUCUCUUUAUUUUAUUUUGAUGAUUAUUUUGUAGCUGACGUUUAUUCAUAAGCCAAAGACUUUGUGUAAAUAUGUCUAUACGGAUAAAGCACAUUGUUUGUAUUUAUUGUUUGUUUACUUGCAUUGCUUGUAAGAACAAUCAUUCUUCAUUCCAUGUUUACUCUACCACCAGCGUUUCUUAAACCGUGGUUGGGGACGGGACGGGCCCCUGCAGGAUUCGAGUAUUUAGUGGGAUUGGAUGAGGCCGGGGCCCGCGGAUAGUUUAAGAACCUCUGAUCGAAGCUGUAUAUUAAAGCAUUAGAAGUAGUUUUUCAGUAUUUAGGUGGAUUCAGUAGUAUUGUCUUGUUUUCACUUAAUGAAUCUCUGUGAUGUUACUGUGGUUUAUUUGUAUAAAAGGCCAUUGCUCUGUUUGUGGUCAGUAGUAGCCUCAGACAGUCCACGUCAGUGCAUUUCUAUGCACAGUAUUUUGGAUAAAGAGCUCCUAUCCCUCUUAUGGUCUCAUUUGGGGGUAAGCUGUUUAUCUGCAUCCUCAUAUCCUGCUCACUAUUAUCCCUGAACACACACUGACUCUAGUGAUGCAAACAGGCUUAGUGGGUGGGACACGCAGGACUGUGAAACAAAACAUUUAUUGUGCCUAAUCAUUGGAAUUUUAACAGCAUCGCAACCAGGGCUUUGCGUUUUCAUGGACGAUCACUGUUAUAAAAACCCUUGUGUUUUAUUAAUCAGAACGCUUCAUGAAGUCUUAGUGAGGCUUUACAGGCUUACUGGAUACGAAAUGUGUUUCUGUUGUGCGAAAACUGUUUCAGAUAAAUUAAAAAAAAAAAGAAUAUUGUAAAUAAAAUGUGAGACCCAGGUGGAGCGGGGAGGAUCCGGGUCUACUCUUACGGAUGUUAUUGUAAAUAGACGAUCAUGAGUACAAAUAAAAGGCUCUAGUGGUGAAACGGAGCUGGUGUAAGGGCAUCAGUUCUGCUGUAGAUACAAAAAAAAACAAAAAACAAAGUCAGAGAUUGUACUCCUGGGGGAUUCAUCCUCGGAAAGUUGAUAUUGUUUAAGACACAUUUUAGUUUUCACUGACUUAAGAAGUUUUAAUGGAUUAUUUUUUUGUCUCCACCCUUACAGAAAAAAAAAACAAACAUCUGGAGCAUUUCUGUGAUGUGAAAUGUGAAGUUUGAGUGAAUUUCUAAUCUGAAAUUUAAGGCAUUGUGUGUGAAGAUGAUUACACAUAUAUCGCUUAAAUGUUCCAAACCAUCAUGAUCGCUUGAAAUUAGAGUGUUUUGUUUUUUUUUUUGUUUUUUUUUUCUGUAAGGGCAGAUUUCUGGUCUGACCCAAAGAAUGGAGAGAAAAGUCAGAGGCUGCAAAACAGAGUCACAGGGUUUUUAUUCUGAUGGCCACCUCUAUAGCAUGGAGAGAGAGAAAAAAGGGAAUGAAUCACAGAAACGACACAGUUAAUCUAGUGAAGAUACUCACCGUAUCUCCUUAAAUCUUGAAGUUUUGGCCCCGAAGAGUCAUGAAUGAAGCUGGUGUCUGGACAAGAGGCCAGUCUGAGUAGAGGACGGAUAUUCAUGGUUCAUAAUUAUUCUUGUCUGUAAUGUUUGGCUUCUUUGCUGUAAUAAAGACCACUUCUUUAAUUA